UCUAUUUAAGCACCCAAUUUCCUCUCUCAGUAUUUCUCAACCAGACAACCCCCAACCCUCCGCACUCUCACUAUUUCGCUUGUUUCCGUAACCACCCAAAACGCAAUGGAUCAAACGGAGUUCAAGCGCGUUUUCCAACUGUUCGAUAGAAACGGCGACGGCCGGAUCACGAAGAAGGAGCUAAACGACUCGUUGGAGAAUCUGGGCAUCUUCAUCCCGGACAAGGAGCUGGCCCAGAUGAUCGACAAAAUUGACGUCAACGGCGACGGCUGCGUGGACAUCGACGAAUUUGGGGAUCUGUACCAGACCAUAAUGGACGAGCGAGAGGAGGAGGAGGAGGACAUGAAGGAGGCCUUCAACGUGUUUGAUCGAAACGGCGACGGAUUUAUCACCGUCGAUGAGCUCCGGUCCGUUUUGGCCUCCCUUGGGCUUAAGCAAGGGCGGACCGCAGAGGAGUGCAAGAAGAUGAUAAUGAAGGUCGACGUGGAUGGCGAUGGUAUGGUUAAUUAUAAGGAGUUUAAGCAGAUGAUGAAGGGAGGUGGCUUUACCGCUUUGGGUUAAUAUAAUUAUAUUUUGUUUUCCACUUUCUAAAUUGCUUUGUUGGUUUUUUUUAUUUUUAUUUUUAUUUCUAGUUUUUGUUUUUUUUUUUUUUAAAUGAUGGACAACUCCUUCAAAGCAAGUACCAUUCUUGUCUUGUCGGGUAGGUAUCUGUGAUUCUGACAAAGCGUUCUCUUCACACGGAUCAGAUUCGACCGGCGCGUGACACCGAAGAAAUUUAAACCCACUUAGAUCAAACUCUUACCGCUUGAGCGAACUCCUUCAUUUUUAUUUUUCUGUCAUUGUAAAUAUUGAUAUAUGGAUCAUAUUCAUAAUCUUUUCUUGCA